AUGGCGCAGCGCUCGGGGAAGGGCCUGGAAGGGCAGGGCUGCCACGUUAUCCUGAGAGGACUGGAAACACUGGUGGAGCACAAAUAUGACAGUUCCUGGAUCACUCUCUAUGAGGGCAAGCACUUCACGGGGCGGAAGCUGGAGGUCUUCGGGGACUGUGACAACUUCCAGGACCGAGGCUUUAUGAACCGAGUGAACUCCAUCCGAGUAGAGAGUGGAGCCUGGGUCUGCUUUGAUCACCCUGACUUCCGGGGCCAGCAGUUCAUCCUGGAGCAUGGUGACUACCCUGACUUCUUCCGCUGGAACGGCCACAAUGACCACAUGGGCUCCUGUCGGCCUGUAGGAAUGCAUGGGGAACAUUUCCGCCUAGAAAUCUUUGAGGGCUGCAACUUCACGGGCCAGUGCCUGGAGUUGAUAGAAGACUGCCCCUUCCUCCAGAGCCGGGGCUGGGCCAAGAACUGUGUCAACGCCAUCAAAGUGUAUGGAGAUGGAGCGUGGGUCCUGUACGAGGAGCCCAACUACCGCGGCCGCAUGUACUUGGUGGAGAGGGGCGACUUCCGCAGCUUUUCCGACUGGGAGGCCCACAGCGCCCGCGUGCAGUCGCUCCGCAAGGUGGUCAACUUCUUCUAGCCGGCCCGGCGCAGCCCUGGGGACAGGAGGGGACCCAGGGCCUGGGGCCUUGGG